CUGGGGAAUCCAUCACACAGAGGAAACACAUUCCCCUGCUCCCUGAGCCCUCCACUGCGGACACCAUGCACUGCAACACCUUCUCCGGGGCCGUCUUCCCAGGGUGCUACUGGGGCAGCUGCGGCUACCCCCUGGGGUACAGCGUGGGCUGUGGCUACGGCAGCACCUACUCCCCCGUGGGCUAUGGCUUCGGUUAUGGCUACAACGGCUGUGGGGCCUUCGGCUUCAGAAGAUACUGGCCAUUUGAUCUCUACUGAUUUGCUGAAAUUUGCCGAGGCGCUGAAUCUUCUCUCCCAAGGCUGAGAGGCACCCCUCCACGUCCCUCCCCCUACCUCCGUCUUUAGUCCUCAUUUGCCGCUCAACCUCCCAGGCGCUGCUUCUCGGGCCUAGCCCUGGAGUCCGGAGGGAAGAACAGGAACGAGCCGAUGACGCCUCCAGCUGCCUUCAGAAAC